GGGCGCUGUCUCGGCUCGGGACCGUGCCCUUUCUUUGCCCCCGGGGGGUGUGGGCGGCCGAGGGGUGGCGGAGGCUGGGCUUCUGGGCGAGCAGGGUUCCGGGCGCCCAUUCCUGUCUUCCUGACCUUGGGAGGGGGACCCUCCCUGCCCUGGGCUCUGCCUCCCUCUCCCUUGGCUGGACGUGACCUCGGCGUCUCCUGCCCUGCCCGCUUCCCGCGACCUUGGACCCGCCCCUCCCCUCCGGACGUCGGGGUCCCCUCCGCGGGGCCUGGGUCCUCUCUCUGGGGUUGUGUGGCUGCGCGCUGCCUCCCUGCUGGGCGGCCGGCAGCCAAUAAGACAGCGUCUCCUUGGGAAACUUGUAAACAAACCCCUGGAGGAGGAGGGCCCACUGGCUUCCGGGGGUUCAGCUGCUCCGACCUCCUCUGGCGGGAUGCUCACGGUGGCCGGAAAUGCAGGGGCCAGGGAUGUGCUCAGAGAGGCCAGAGCGCUGGCUCAAGGUCACACAGAAGGAAGAGGCAGAGGCGGGGCUUGAACCCAGGACGAGACUGGCGCCUACCUCAUUGACCGCGACCCCACCUACUUCGGUCCCAUCCUCAACUUCCUCCGGCAUGGAAAGCUGGUGUUGGACAAGGACAUGGCCGAGGAGGGGGUCCUGGAGGAGGCCGAGUUCUACAACAUCGGCCCGCUGGUCCGCAUCAUCAAAGACCGCAUGGAGGAGAAGGACUACGCGGUGACGCAGGUCCCGCCCAAGCACGUGUACCGCGUGCUGCAGUGCCAGGAGGAGGAGCUCACGCAGAUGGUGUCCACCAUGUCCGACGGCUGGCGCUUCGAGCAGCUGGUGAACAUUGGCUCCUCCUACAACUACGGCAGCGAGGACCAGGCCGAGUUCCUGUGCGUGGUGUCCAAGGAGCUGCACAGCUCCCCACACGGGCUCAGCUCUGAGUCCAGCCGCAAAACCACGCCCAGGCCUCUCGGGACCCCGCUAACCUUCCCUCCCCCCCACCGCCGCCUCCUCCGCUCCCCGCUGGAGGUGCUGCCUCAUCUCCAUCCACCUCCUCCUCCUCUUGGAUCUCAUCUGCACCCUGCCUCUUCCCUGUCUGCCCCUGCCCGGGGCUUCUCUCCGCCUGCUCGCACCUCCAUCCCAGGCCCGCCCUGCUCCCAGCCUCCCACGCCCCGGCCCCGCCUCCCACAGCGUCCUGCCUGCCGCCGCCCGCGCCCCUCCUGGCACCUCCUGCCUCCCGGGCUGGGGACAAGGGGCACGGCUGCACCUCCCCCGGGGCUGCCAAGCCUGCCACUGCCGCCGCCGGGCACCCGUGAGGCUGGCCUCCCCCCGCCCCCGGGUCCUCACCCCCGGCUCCUGGCCGCCGCCUCACGUUUCCUCCUUGCAGGUUCCCGUCUGCGCCCUCCCAGACCUGAGGCUGAGCCGGCAGUGAGGGCUGCUCGGCCCCUCGCCCGCCCCCCGAGCUGCCGACCCCGGUUUGUAGCUUGGCGGCCUGGAGGGAGGGGGACGCGAGGAGGGUGCUCAUCCCUUGCUCCCUGGAGCCGAGCUGGGCUCGCAGCCCGUUUCUGCUCCCUCCAGAAGGUCCUCAGGCUGGCUUGGCCGUGGGGGUGAGGCCCCAGGAGGAGAGAGGUGGGGGGGUGGGAGCUCUUUCCCACCUGCCCGGAGCUGGCCUGGGGGGGAGGGCAGGAGACUGAAGCCAGACGCCUCGGUCUCCUCCCUGCACACCCAGGAGCACCCCGGGUCCCCCGUUUUUGUCCAGGUGGUGGGGACCCUUGGCUAAGGACGGGGGGCGUGGCAGGAAAGCCCUGGCCGGGUGCCUGCCUGCCCCCUCCUCCGGCAUGUCUACCUGCUGUGUGACCUUCGGGAAGUCCAUGCCCCUCUCUGGGCUGCAGUCAAUUGUAAACUGUGCACAGACAGCGGCUCCCUGUUACUCAUUGUGCCGGGGGCCACGGUGACCUGCCCCUCCUGGCGCUGACCCCCGCUCCGAGCCGUGGCCGAGUCUCAGCCCAGGGUGGGGCACGGGGCCCCCAGACGGCGCAGCUGGGGUGUCCUCCCCGCUUCCCUCUUCAGUUCUGACUCCGCCUCUCUGGGCCUCAGCCCCACCCCUCCGGAAGGGAGCCUGUGACUCACUUGCCUCUCUCUCUCUCCCUCUCCCUCUCCCUCUCCCCCUCCACCCUGCCUCUGCCUCUCUCUCUCCUCCUCCACCCUGCCUCCCUCCAUUUCAAUCUCUGCCCUCUGGUCCUCCCAUCACCCCCUCCGCACUGCCCCCCCCAUCGCCCCUCCUGGUCUUCUGGCCCCACCUCCCCUCCUCCUGCCCCGCCCCCUCUUAUUUUGUAGCUGUUACCAGCCAGAGGCACGCGGAUGUGAGGUCCCAGAUCACCUGCAGGGACUUGGGGUUCCGAUCUGAAAUCCUUUAUUUUUGUAUCGCGGGCUGGGCCUCCGGCCCGAGACCGAAGAAGCGCUCUCCCCGCCGCUGCCUCUGUCUGCGCCUGCGCGGCUGGGACUUGCCCGUGCCUCCGGGGAUGGGCUGGGGACCCCCGGGGACCUCCCAGGGACUCCUGGGCAGAGCUGCCUGCCCAUGGCCGAAGUGUGGCGCUGUGCAGCGGCGGCCUCCAGGCCCCUUCGUCCCCGCCCCCUGCUGCAUGGUGGACGUGGCCCCUCCAGGCCCAGUCACGUCAGCUCCUUGAGCCUCCAUCUCCUGCUGCCCCCCCCCGCCCCCCACGCUGGCCGGUGCAGGAGGCGCCCUACUGGCACCUGCCCUGGGAGGGAGCGUGGAGUCAGGUACUGGGGAGUCGGGGCGUGACUUGGCCUCCACCUUGGCUGCCCACUCCCACCCGUCUGCACCGCCCACAGGGCGCCCUGGCCUGGGCUCCACAGGACGAUGCUCGGGAGCUGUGACAGGGAGGGUCUGGGCAAGGCGGGGCCACGCACAGGGCCCCUGCACGUGACUCCCCAGGGUGGGCCUCGCUCCUCGGCUGUGUCCACCCACCAUGUAAUAAAGCCCGAAGAAACA